AUGCCGCAAAAUUGCUGUGUGCCUGGAUGCACUAAGAAAGUUUACGAAGAAGAUGGUAUUAAGAUCUCUUACCACAAGUUUCCUGAAAAUAGAGAUUUAUUUAUGAAGUGGAUCGUUGCCAUUCGAAGAGAUGAGGGUAAAGAUUUCAAGGUGACAGAACACACGAGAGUUUGCUCGCGACAUUUCAAAUCGUCAGAUUAUCUACCGUCACUCACAGGCCGUAAAAAGAGUUUGAAAUCCAUGGCAGUCCCAUCUUUGUUUCCUUGGAAGCAGGGUUCGCCGAUCAAGCGAAAAUCACCGAGGAAAAGAACUCUGAUUUUGAAAAAAACCGCGACAAAAUCACAGGAGACGACAAUUGCGCCAGCACGAGUCGACAACUGUUCCACGUGCGAUCUAGUGACAUUUCAAGAAUCUCGCGCUUCCUCCCCGCCAACACUAGCGGAUUCGGCAAGCACCACAGUAGAAGAACCAGCUGAGGAUCUGGAAGCUCUUAUUUGCGAACUUAAACUUGAAAAUGAACGGCUUGUCGGGGAAAUCCGUAAAAUCACUAUUUCAAAUAACAAUUUCCAGUCGGAAGUAGAGGAACUUAAACGCCGGAACGAUUCCUUGCAGUCAAGAGUGUUCUGCAUUGAGAAAUUUUUGCCCUCGGAGAAGGAUAUCGCUUUUUAUACGGGGUUCCCAAACAAAAAUGUCUUAGAAAGUGUUUUCGCGUUUUUAGAUCCUGGUAAGAAAGGGGAAAAUAUAAAUUACUGGCACUCGGAUUCACCAUGUGAUGUCCCCUCCCCACCCUGUCAGAGGGAUGAGGAAGAUAUUCCCAAGCAGGGUAGGCCACGCCAAUUGAGCCCAAAGGAAGAAUUCUUUUUGACCCUUUGCAGACUAAGGCAGGGGUUCAAGGAGGAGCAUUUAAGCCACUUGUAUGGAGUCUCACAGACAACAGUAAGCAGAAUAAUAAUUUCAUGGAUAAAUUUUAUGUUCUUAAAAUUCAGUGUAAUUCCAGUGUGGCCAUCAAGAGCAAAAGUGGAUUUGUGCAUGCCUGCUGACUUUAAAGACAAAUACCCCUCAACUAGGGUCGUUAUUGACUGUACUGAGGUACGAUGCCAGAUGCCCAAGAGUCUACGCCUUAACAGUGAACUUUUUAGUUCUUACAAAAACCACACAACUCUUAAAGGUUUGAUUGGCAUCUCACCAGGAGGUGCUAUUACCUUCAUCAGCCAGCUAUACACUGGUCAUAUUUCUGACAGGGAAAUUGUUACAAGAUCAGGAUUUCUGAAUCUGCCUUUUAAUAGGGGAGAUUCUGUCAUGGCCGAUAAAGGCUUUACUAUUCAGGACCUUCUACCCCUUGGAGUGUCCCUAAAUAUUCCACCUUUUUUGGGAAGCAAGGGUCAAAUGAGCGCAGCAGAAGUUGUUGAGACACAGUCGAUCGCUUCUGUUCGGAUUCAUGUUGAAAGGGCAAUAAAUAAAAUUAAAAAUUUUCAUAUAUGGGAUAGUGUAGUACCGUUCACCCUGUUUGGGGUUGUAAACCAAAUGUGGGCGGUAUGUGCCAUGCUAUGCAAUUUUCAGAACAGCAUCAUAAGUGCAUAA